AUGUGUGCACCGUUGGAGGAUUCAAAACCUAUUUUAACUCUCAGUCUCUUGAAAACCAAAGUCGUGCAGGCAUCCAGAAAUAAAAGGUAUAUGUUUUCAAACCGUCGAAUGGCUAACAAUUACGCUGAUUCAGUGGUUCUGGGGCACGCAAACGUGAAUAAAUCAUACAAGCUUUCCAUGGAUUCUAGUUCAGACUCUAGAAGAAAGAAGAGAAGAAUAUUUAACAAAACAAAUGAACAACAUUUGCGGGACCCAAAUAACCGAUAUGAUCAGCAUCAAACCGUUGUAGCGUAUGGGUACGCUUCCCUAAGUGGGACCUUUGAAAAGCAAAAUCCUAUACCAGUAAAGAAAAUUCGGAGAGUAAUCGCUCAAAGAGCUCUUGUUAUACCAGUUGAUGAGUACAAUACAUCUCAAAAAUGCUGUCACAGUCUUCAACAAACAAGAAACAUCAAUUAUUCUGAGAUUUCGUACAUGCAACAACCGAGACUUCAAUGCAAACUUACGUGCCUAGAAAAUUUGGUUAUAUUUAUUAUAGGAUCCUUCCAAAAUGUUUACCCUCUGAAAUUGUUUCAACAUUGCCAACAAGAAGGUUCGCCCUGUAUAUGGAACAGAGACGUAAACGCUUCCUGCAAUAUCAAAACGCUGUUGACGAGAUACAUAAGAUCUGGUUUUGCUUUAGAUUCCAGGUAUCCACAGUUGACAAGAACAAGACAAGAAGGCCAUUAAACAUAAUUACUUAACUAGGCACUAUUCCAUAUACAUACACAUAUACUUACAAUAUAUACUCCACUCAAAUAAAUUUGUGAACUUAUCAAUAAAUACAUAUUAUACUGCAUUUAUUAUCCAAUAAUAAUAAAACCAUUGUAUCGACAUAAGGUAUAGCAUCUGGUGACCGUAGAAGAAGAGUAUUAGUAUGUAUAAGUCCGACAUGUGCUCCAAUAAAAAAUGCUUGUUUACAAUACGUAUAA